UGUGUGUGGUGGGGGGUUGGAGUGAUGCGUUGCUCGUGCCUCGAGCUCUCUCACUGCUCCAUAUGCUGUGUGUGAUUUUAUUACCGCGCUCACGGCACUCGCUUUACGACGCGCCCGUUACCACGGCAACCGCACAAUACAGCAGCUGUUCGUUUCCUUUCUGAGCGUCACACACGCGUCAACAAUUCAUCAUUUCAUUAAAAUAUUCAUUAGCAUAAGUGGAAUAGUAACGACUCCUUCUGAAUGUUGUGUUGUCUGGUGAAACUGAUGACACGGUUAAAUAUUACUUUUUUUUUUAUUAAUUAAAGAACGACACAUCAUACUUUUUAUCCAUUUAUAGUUACAUUCAGUGUUGUGGGAUGUUGGGGAAACAAGUUAGUUCCUGUUCUCACUUACGUUAUAGCAGCUAUAAACAGUCGUUCCCUCACCAGCUGCUCUUUUUUUCUGUCUCCUGAAGUUAAUAAGACAAAAAACCCACAGCUUGUCACGUAAAGCGUAAACUCCUCUGUCCUGAAGACGUCAGAAAACUUAAAGUUACAGCUUUACCCUCUGACUGUUACAAAGCGCUGACACUGGAGACUCCUUCCAUACGUGUUAAAAUAAAUGUCUUCUUACAGAAAAUUUCACCAUAUCAACGCUUUUUUUUUUAAAGCGUCCACCGUAUGAGUCUCUGUCACUACAGAAACGAUAACGUAUCAGAACGAGUGCAUUAAUAUAAACCUGUGAUUUGCAGCUGCGCUACUGUCAGAGCUGCUGUUAUAGAAAAUUAAUCCACACCUCCUGACCAAUCAGAAUCCAGAAUUCAUCAUCACUGUGGUGUAAUAGGGAGUUAUGGCGUGCAGUGAGAGUGAAUGAGCGUGCUGUAAUAGUGUUCAGAAAGGGGAGCGAGAGCAGACAGCUGGUCAGAGGAGAGCUAAUUAUAUCAGAGAAGGAUAGUGGACACACACACACACACUCACGCACACACACACACACACACACACACACACAUUGAUCAUACUGAUUACAGCUCACAGUGCCUAGCCUUAAUGCAAAUAAAGCAUUGCUCGUGCCAUUCUGAGAUAUGACUGGCUGUGGCUAGAGGGGGCGGAGCUACGUGUCAUGGUAAUAUACAGUGUGGGAGGAGCUUAAAUUAUAGCCAUCUGCACUCCACACCUACAGCCAACAGAGCUCUGUGCAGACUGAAGGAGAUGAACUAGAAACACACACACACAGACACACACCUGAGGAAAAUCAGGUUAACAGUCAGGUUAAUCUUCUGCUCUGUAGAGAGAGAGAGAGAGUGUGUGUGUGUGUGUGUGUGUGUGUGUGUGUUAGUGAGGCACAGUGAGGUUGAAGUUGAGGUUGAGGAUACGGAGGUGUGUUUGGUGAUGUCGUGGGGGGGCAGGAGCGCGGCGAGCAGCGGAUACUGCAGUCAGGAUGAUUCCGACUCCGAGCUCGAGCACUUUUUCACCGCACGCACUUCGUUUUCACGCAAACCGAAGACACUCGAGGACACUGUGGUGGACUGGAGGAAACAGCAGCAGCUCUCCAUCUCUGAGCUCCAACACAAAGUAAAAGAAUACAACGCUCAGAUCAACAGCAACCUCUACAUGAGUCUGAACCGGGACGGCUCGUAUACGGGUUUCAUUAAGGUCCAGUUCCAGCUGGCUCGGCCCGUCUCUCUUCCCCCAGCUCAGAGACUGUCCUCUUCAUCCUCUUCCUCAUCUUCCUCUUCCUCCUCUUCCUCUUUCUGCUCCUCCUUUUCCUCCUUGCCCUCGCACGGCCUCUGCACGUCGUUCUACCUGCCCCGAGACACGGCGAAGCAGCUGCACGUCGGCUCACACACUCGGGUCCGAGAGGUGAUCGAGGCUCUGCUCAACAAAUUCACAGUGGUGGACAAUCCGGCUAAAUUCGCUCUGUUCGAACGCAGCGAGAGGAACGGCCAGGUGUACUUGAGGAAGUUGUGUGAUGAUGAGCGUCCACUCUUCCUGCGUCUGUGUGCAGGUCCCAGUGAGAACGCGCUCAGCUUCAUACUCAGAGAGAACGAGACAGGAGAGGUGAACUGGGACGCGUUCAGUCUUCCCGAGCUCAGUAACUUCCUGCGGAUCCUGCAGAGGGAGGAGGAGGAGCACGUCCGGCAGAUUGUACAGCGCUACUCACUGGCACGGGACAAACUGAAGGAGGCGCUGAGGAGCUUCAGCACGCCGGGAUGAGAGGAGUGUGACAGAGAGGAACUGGACGUAACACACACGGCUGAGGACACACACUGCUGAGAACACGCACUACUGAGGACACACACUGCUGAGAAUGAGAACACACACUGCUGAGAAUGAGAACACGCACGGCUGAGGACACACACUGCUGAGAACACACACUGCUGAGGACACACACUGCUGAGAACACACACGGUUGAGGACAGGAGUCUGAACCAUCCCUGUGAGAAAACAAAGAGCUACUGCAGGACGAGCUCAGGGUCUCACACACAUACACACACACAGCACUGAGGAGGCGAAAAGCA